AUGUUGGCGGAUGGUGAAGUUGUUGGCGAUGGGUCGUGGAACCUCACGAUCUACGUGACGGACUUGGACGAGAAGAGGACUAUGGUCGUGAAGGGAGACAUGCAUAUUGGAGGGGUUAUGCUAAAACUGACAGAAAGCUUCGUUUUGUCUGGCUCGUUCACAUCGUCCGAGGAUAUCGUUACAUCUACGGUUUAUGGAGAUGUGAAAUGA